AUGGCCAGCACGAAGCCUGCCAGGGAUAGGACUAGUGGUAUAACCACAACAAAGCUGCAAACUGGAACUCCGUAUUACGAAAGCCCCAGGACAAGGCUCUGCAGCAGUGGUGUUGGUGAUGUCGCGGAGCCAGGUAGUACUCCUUUGACACUGAUCGCGCUCUUUGAGAUCGGCUCCCUGGUCUGUACUACAGCGCCCAACUCGGUGGCUCUGAUCGUGGGCCGGGCAAUAGCUGGUCUCGGUGCCGCCGGGAUCUUCUCGGGCGGGAUACUGAUCACGACGAGGUUCAUCCCACUAUCGCAGAGGGCCGGCUAUCUGGGCGUCAGGCCAAGUGUGUUCCGGCUAGCCGCGAUCAUUGGCCCGUUCUUGGGCGGUGCCCUCACUGACCGCGCAACGUGGCGAUGGUGCUUCGGGAUCAACCCUCCCCUAGGAGUUAUCACUGCCGUCUUUUGUGCGGUACUCGUUCGCCUCCCUCCCAAGGAAGCCGAAACAAGGAGCAUCGGCUUUCUAGGCAAACUCCAUGAACUCGAUCUCCCCAGCACGAUCAGCAUGGUCGGUUGCCUUAUAUGCCUCCUGAUAGCGCUCCAGUGGGGAGGAUCAGCCUACCCCUGGAAUAACGGAAGAGUCAUCGCCAUAUUUGUGGUGUCAGGAGUCCUCGCGGCUGCGUUCCUUAUCACGCAAGCGAUAUCUAUCAGGGGGAAUGCGCGCACCAUUCCGUUCAGCGUGGCGCGGAACCGUGAUAUCUGGCUCGCCGGCAGCUACGCCAUGUGCAUAACAGGAGGCGUCUAUGUCGCCGUACUGUAUCUUCCGGUCUGGUUCCAAAUCAUGCACGGCGAUUCCGCAUUAUCAUCUGGGGUCAUGCUUACGCCGCUCAUUGCCGGCUACGUGGUCUGUUCCGUCGUCGCCGGAGGUGUCACCAGUGCCAUCGGCUAUUAUAGCACUGGUAUGAUCAUGGGCACUGCGCUGGCAAUUGCAGGAUCUGCGCUUCUGACAACUAUUAACCUGCGGUCUUCGACGGCUCGCAUCACUGUCCUGCCCUCUUCCGACGUGCCGCUCGGCGUCACUCUGAUCACCUUGCUCCAGAAUCUCAGCGCAUCGGUGUUCGUCGCCGUGGCGCAGAGCGUAUUCCAGAGCGAGUUGCGUUCGCGUUUACAACCCAUACUGCCGAAUCUCGACGUCUCCUCAAUUCUGACCUCAGGGGCUGGCGACUUCAUAUCCACCCUACCUCUUAAUAGCCAAGCAGAGGCGCUAGAAGCUUACAGCACUUCACUCGUGCUGAAAUUCUAUAUCUCAUUGGCAUUAAGCGUGGCGUCCGUUGUGGGUGCACUGAGCAUUCGAUGGGGGUCCAUGCAUAGAGGGGUCGAGCAAUCCCGGACGGGCAUCGAAGGUCAGAUGACCGAACAGAACCUUACGACAGACAAGGGUGGUGGUAACGCAUCAAAAGACGACGGCAAACGAGGCGAUGAAGGAGCCGUUGAAACCAAGAAAGUCUGGUCGGGCAGAUCUAUAGUUACUUGA